CCACACACAAGGCCCGAACAGAAAAGGCCUGGAGGCGACCCGUAACAACGCGGAGCGUCAGCCUAUAGCCGUCGCUCCCGUGUCCCGUCCGCCGUCCCCCUUCCUCUCGUAUUCGCUUCGCCGCCCAACCCACUGUGCACCGCUGCCUUCCCGACCGUUCUCGCCGCCGCCGUCUCCGCGCCUGCCACCCCGCGCGCUCGGCCACCGGCGCCCACGGUGCGGCUCGAUCAAGGCCAGAUCAGAACCCGCCCCGGUCCGCGUCACGCCGAUAUUUUCUGUUUUUUGGUACGGAUCUAGGGUUUUCCUGCUGCGGAUUCGUUCGAUUCGCUCAUGGCCGCUGGGCGCCAUGGGGGUUACAGGGACUACGAGGCGAGGGAGCGGGAGCUCGACGCGGAGGCCUCCAGGAGGAGCAAGGAGCAGCACCACCAUCUCGGCGGCCGCCACCGCGACGUGGACCGCCACCGCGAUGGCGGGCGCAGCAGGGGUGGCAGAGACUUUGCCAACGGCUACGGUCGCCGACGCUCGCCGCCACCCCGGAGCCGGCUGGCGGGAAGGCUUGGUGACCGUGAGCCUGGCGAGGUGCUGAGCGGUAGUGCAUCUGAUGACUCCGGUGGGAGGCCGCAUAGAGGGAGGGAGAAUGGCGUGCUCAGUUCCGGCAGGGAGGGUGAUGUGAUGGCAGUCACUGAUGACUCCGGUGGGAGGUCGCAUAGGAGGAGGGAGAAUGGCGUGCUCAGUUCCGGCAGGGAUGGUGAUGUGAUGGCAGUCACAGGGAUAUCUUCGCCGAGCAAGAAGAGGAAAUUCUCACCGAUAAUUUGGGACAGGGAUAGCCCAAAGCCACCACAUUCUGAUGCAGCCAGGGACAAGAAAGCUGUAGAACCUGUGCCUUCUGAGCUCCCUCCGCCCCCGCCGUUGCCUCCACAAGACCACAUCACACUGAGGUUGGCUGUGGAGAAGUCACUUAUGGAUAUAGAACCUACUGUUGGUACAGAGAGUGCUGUGCAGUUGCUGGAACAUGAGGUGAAUAAGGUGACAGAGCAGGAAGAGGAGUAUGCAACAAUGAGGAACAUAUCGACUUCAAGAUGGGCUGGUGCUAAUGAUGAUGAUGAUGAUGGGGCAGCUCCAGUGAAGAAGAAAAGUCUGUCUCCUGCAGACUCCUCUGUGGCAGGGCAGUGGAAAAGAGCAAGUCCAGAACCUGGUGAAGUAUCUGGAGGAAGGACAAUGUCUAGGUCAUCUGACUCUGGGAAAAUGAGUAAUGAUGAGAAAGAAGACUUUGAAGCAAAUGAAGAUGACUAUAUGGAUGUCGACAAGGGACAUGCUAGUGACAGUGAUACAGAAAACCGUAUGUCAGAUACUGACUCAGACAAUGAAAUACACAGACCUGAAACCCCUGAAAGAGAGAAGGCACCACACAGGUGUAUCAAUAUGCUUCAAGAUUGCAGAAGUGUUGAUGAGUUUGAGAGGCUCAACAAAAUUAACGAGGGCACAUAUGGUGUUGUAUACAGAGCAAGGGAUAAGAAGACAAGUGAGAUUGUUGCAUUGAAGAAGGUAAAGAUGGAGAAGGAGCGAGAAGGUUUCCCAUUAACCUCUCUUAGGGAAAUAAAUAUCCUCUUGUCUUUCCACAAUCCUUCAAUUGUGGAUGUUAAGGAAGUAGUAGUUGGAAGUAGUCUAGAUAGUAUUUUUAUGGUUAUGGAGUACAUGGAACAUGAUCUUAAAGGUGUCAUGGAGACCAUGAAACAACCAUAUACCCAAAGCGAGGUAAAGUGUUUGAUGCUUCAGCUGCUAGAAGGUGUAAAAUAUCUACAUGACAAUUGGGUGCUUCAUAGGGAUCUGAAGACCUCAAAUCUUUUGUUGAAUAACCGUGGUGAGUUAAAAAUAUGUGAUUUUGGACUGUCUCGUCAAUAUGGAAGCCCAUUAAAACCUUAUACUCAACUGGUUGUGACUUUGUGGUACAGGGCCCCAGAAUUGUUGUUAGGAACAAAGGAGUAUUCUACUGCUAUUGAUAUGUGGUCUGUGGGCUGUAUAAUGGCUGAGCUUCUUGCCAAAGAACCGUUAUUCAAUGGAAAAACAGAGUUUGAACAGCUAGAUAAGAUUUUUAGAACACUCGGCACACCUAAUGAGAAGAUUUGGCCUGGCUAUGCUAAAUUACCAGGUGUGAAAGUAAAUUUUGUUAAACAACCGUAUAAUAGACUAAGGGAUAAGUUCCCAGCCGCUUCUUUUUCUGGGCGACCAAUCCUGUCUGAAGCUGGUUUUGAUCUAUUGAACAGACUGCUGACUUAUGACCCUGAUAAGCGCAUAUCAGCAGACGAUGCUCUUAAGCACAAAUGGUUCUCUGAAGUUCCUCUGCCUAAAUCAAAGGACUUCAUGCCAACAUUCCCUGCUCUUAAUGAACUUGACAGGCGUUCCAGAAGGUAUCUGAAGAGUCCUGAUCCUCUGGAAGAGCAACGUUUGAAAGAACUGCAAGGGAACAUAGGCAACCAUGGGCUUUUUGGGUGAACUAGAAGCACUUGAUUGGGUCUGCAAGGGAACAUAGGCAACCGUGGGCUUUUUGGCUGAACUAGAAGCACUUGAUUGGGUCCUGUCCGUCCUAACUGUUAUGCUUCACACUGAAAUCCUGAGUUCAUGAGGUUAGAUAUCUUCUGAGCAGGCUUGGUACCGGUUUAAAUGGAUAAGGUUUCUCCUUGUGGCCCAUCAUAGAAAUUUUGUUGCAGGAUUAACGCUUCAUCCAGAUCGAUCAUAAAAGCAAAUAUAAUCUACCUGCAUCAUAAGGUGUGGCGUGUUGGCUUUUAUUGGUUACACCAGUUUCACCUUUGGAACUUCUCUAUGUAAAAUAUUCCAGAUUGGUACGUUGUAAACAAUGUCCAGUGUGUUGGAUUUAAAUUUAAAACGAAACAUCAUCAUUAUUAGUUUUCUUUAUGCUCCUUGUGCCUUUUCUUUUGAUCUUUGCGUUUUGUUUGCAAGAGACAAAAGAAGCGCAGGGGAAGGAUGCCUUUUGCUUUCAUCAGGAAAUCAAUGGCAUUAAUACAACUUAGAAGCUAAGCUGUGGCUGCUUCAAGAUAGGAAGCUUGAUGGCUGUCAGCUUAUUGUACCUAAGUGACUAAAUUUUGUGGAGGGCCUUCAAAAGUGUUCAUCUCUUACUAGUGAACCAUGGUGGUCAGUGUACUAUCCUUCCUUGUACAUUACUAUAACCAUCCAUCUAAGUGUUUUUUGGAGACUA